AAAAAGAGAGAGAGAGAGAGAGAACACUCCACACCAUUUAGGCAUCCGUCACAGCUCUCUCCCUCGCCACUCGCUCUCGACGUCGCUCCAACCCCCUCCUUCACCCUUCUUUCCUUUUUAUCCCUUUUGCGAUCGCCGGAAUCCCUCCUCCGCCUUGGCGACGGAUGCUCGCCGCCGACUCGAUGCUCCAGACGCCUUGGCUCCGAUUGGGGAUCCCCGGUGUCAGCUGGAUCCGCUGCCCCAGGGCGGUCGAUUUCGUGAGAUUAGGGUUCCGCCCACGAUCCGCCACUCUGGAACCGACGACCGAAGCUCGGAAGGCGGAUUCGCUCCGGUGGAUAGCCUGCUUCAAGGAGCCCGUGGCCAAGGGAAAAAAGGUGGAGGCGGAGUACGUCCGCGGCGGCGAGGACCUCUGGGACGCCGCGUCGGCGUCGCAGCAGGGGGGUUACCCCGAGCAUCUCGUUGUAAUGGUUAAUGGACUGGUCGGGAGUGCUGAAGAUUGGAGGUUUGCUGCAGAACAAUUUGUCAGAAGACUUCCGGAUAAAGUUCUUGUCCACCGCAGUGAAUGCAAUUCUUUGACACUAACAUUUGAUGGGGUUGAUUUGAUGGGCGAGAGGCUAGCUGAAGAGGUUUUAUCAGUUGUUAAGCGAAGAAAGGGCAUUCGUAAGAUUUCAUUUGUUGCUCACUCCUUGGGUGGCUUGGUAGCCAGAUAUGCUGUAGGAAGGCUCUAUGAACCUAUCACCACAAUGGAGUCAUCUCUUGACACUGAAAACCACACAGACAAAAGCAUCGGCAUGGAAGGUAGAAUAGCUGGGUUGGAACCGAUGAACUUCAUAACAUUUGCCUCACCCCAUUUAGGUUCAAGAGGGCACAAACAGCUUCCUUUUCUCUGUGGACUUCCAUUUCUGGAAAGAAGGGCAUCUGAAACUGCACACUUUAUUGUUGGGAGGACUGGAAAACAUCUAUUCCUGACAGAUAAUGAUGAUGGAAAGCCUCCACUUCUCCUGCGAAUGGUUGAUGACUGUGAUGAUAUAAAAUUCCGAUCAGCUUUGCGCUCUUUCAAGCGCCGAGUUGCAUAUGCCAAUGCAAAUUUUGAUCAUAUGGUCGGAUGGAGAACAUCAUCAAUACGGCGUCAACGUGAACUACCAAAACAUCAUCUUCUUUUAGAUGACAAUAAGUAUCCACACAUUGUUUUUGUGGAUAAAGGUGAUAAGAUAAACAAUCUUAAUGAAACAUCCACAGUAGCAGAGGCUAUAAAAGAUGAACUGGAAGAAAAGAUGAUCAGAGGCCUUACACAAGUAUCUUGGGAGCGUGUCGAUGUAAGCUUUCAAAAAAGUAGACAAAGAUACAUAGCACACAACACAAUCCAGGUCAAGAGCUACUGGUUGAACUCAGAUGGUGCGGAUGUGAUCUUCCAUAUGAUAGACAACUUUAUCAUCUAGCUCCUUGGCAAUUUUGAUGAUCUAAUUUCAGCACAAGUGCCAACUUGUAAUCUCUCCAAGUCCCGGAUCGCUGAAUUGCAAUGCAAGAUGGGCUCUACUCUUCCUGGUGAGUGAUUCAGCAUUAGACUUCCUUGAUUUAGAGAAAUUCAUAUAUGGUUGAGUUCGUAAUUAUCAAAUACAAUAUGAUUUAAAAACUUGCAAUUCGUAUUACAUUGUUUGAGCACUGAAUAGGAUGAACUUCGGAUA